AUGUCGUCGACAUACCUCCCCAUGGAAAGGAGCAAGAACAUCGUCUUGCUAAUAGCAGACGACCUCGGCCUUCAUCUCAAUUGCUAUGGCUGUGCUGUCCAGACUCCCAACAUUGACAAGCUGGCAUCCCAAGGAAUUCGCUUCAGCAAAUCCUUCGCCAGCACAGCGUCGUGCAGUGGCAGUCGUUCAACAAUUUACACGGGAUUGCACACACACGAGAAUGGGCAGAUGGGGCUUGCGCACGGCUGGAACCAUUUCCAGACCUAUGACCAUAUUGAGACGAUGCCACAGGCAUUCAAUGCACUGGGAUAUCAGACGGGAAUUAUUGGAAAAGUACACGUAGGGCCCACGCACGCAUAUCCUUGGGAGAUCAGAGAGGAAAGUGGCACCCGGGAUCCACGGUGGUACGCUAGGCGAGUGGCAGCGUUUGUGGAUAGAGCAAAGGAAAGUGGAAGGUCAUUUCACUUAACGGUUGGGUUUCGGGAUCCUCAUCGCGAUGAUAGUCGAGGCGGGUUCGGCAGCGACGAAGAUGACGUGACUACUCUGGGUGCUCCGAAGUAUGCAGCAGAGGAUGUAGAAGUACCGUUGUUCUUGACAGACUUGCCGGAGGUGCGGACGGAACUCGCCCAUUAUUACCAGGCCAUCAGUCGCAUGGACAUGGGGGUCGGCAUGAUAAUGGACGUGAUACAAGAAAAAGGCCUCCGCGACUCGACAAUGGUUGUUUUUCUGAGUGACAACGGAGCUCCGUUCAUCAACUCCAAGACAACGCUAUACGACGCCGGUGUGAAGCUGCCCCUGAUUGUUCGUUGCCCGGGCUCCGGCGCACAGGGUGUGGUCAACCCCAAUAUCACCUCCUUUGUUGAUAUUUUCCCUACCUGCCUCGAUUGGGCGGACGCAGGCAACAGAUGCAUACAGACGGCGAGCGCAGGCAAAUCUCCAAGACGGCUAGGACGCUCAUUUCUCCCUAUACUAGGCGCUUCCAGCGUCCUCAAUCAACAUGACUGGCAACAAUGGGUGUUUGGCUCACAUACCUUUCACGAGAUUCAGAAUUAUUGGCCCACACGAUUUAUGCGCACCCAUCGCUUCAAGUAUCAUCGAAAUGUUGCGUGGCGGCUUGAGUUUCCUUUUGGGACGGACCUAGCGGUUAGUAUGUCUUGGGAGGCCAUCAGAAAUGCGAAGCAGCCUGUCAUGAUUGGAGGACGGCCUCUAGAAAAAUAUCUUUUCCGAGGGCCCGAGGAGCUAUUUGAUCUAGAGAAUGAUGCGGAAGAGCUGCGAAACUUGGUGGAUGAUCCUGAGUAUCAGGAUGUGUUGUUGAACUGCAGACAAGAGUUGGAAAAGUGGCAGUAUCGGACCAGAGAUGCAUGGCUGUAUAGAGAUAGCAUUUCCGUGGUGGUGUCAGAAGCACACCAGAAGCAGGGCUUGAAGAUCCCGGAUCGCUUUGAGUUGGAUCCAAAUAACCCGGGGAAUAGAGUAGGCAAAUAUUGGGAGCCUCCAGAAGUCAAGAUCUCUGGACAGGAGAAUAUGAUGUUUGCUGGCUAA